CAUAUUUCCGAAAGCCCCGUAAGCACCGAGCGUCUGACAGGAGUCCGUCCUUGGCGAGCGGAGCCAGACUCCUCGAGCGAACAAACAAACACGAGCCCUGUGCGCCUCACUGUGUGUGAAGUCGGUGCUGUGUUUGUUCCCCCCGUCCCCACCGUAAGAGGUUCGGGGUCAGGUCAGGUCUAAUGUCACACAGUUCCAGUGAAGAGGGGGGUCUCUCUCAGGCUGCCCCGGGUGUCAACACCCAAGAACUGUUGGACAACUCCACUGAGUCUGUGGCAACACCUCGGGAUCAGGUUCCACCGGCAGUGGAAGAGGCCUCUCCUUCUUCCACCUCCUCCUUUGAGAUGAUCGACAUGGAGUCGGGCCCUGCCCCUUAUCAAGAAGUGCAGCCUCACUGGUUCUUCUGUCGACGGGCCGAUGACAACACCUCCUGGCUUCCUUUUAGCAGACAAGACUCUGACAAACUAGAGAAUGCCAGCUACACUGUGGGAGACCGGGAGGAUGAGGUGGUGAUAGCUGUAGAGGGAGAGCGGUAUGACGUACAUGUCAAGGAGAGGAAGCGCUACGCUGUGUACUGGGAGCAAGGCCCCACUGAAGUACGCCGCUGUACCUGGUUCUAUAAAGGAGACAAAGACAUCAGGUUCAUGCCUUACCCUGAGGACUUCAGUGAGCGUCUGGAGGAGGCCUUUAUGAUAUCAGUGACCUUGAAUGAAUGGAAAAGAAAAGUGGUGUCUCCCAACGGAGAGACUGUCAUCUUACACAAUCCCAAGCUUAUGGUGCAGUAUCAGCCAAUAGGAUUGCAGGAUGAGUGGAUCUCCUCCCCCAGUGAGCAGACACGUCCUCGAACAGUCAAGAGGGGAGUGAACAACAUCUCUGUAGAAAUACCUGUUGGGGAACCAGAGAAGGUGGACCACCUUGUCUUUAUGGUCCAUGGCAUCGGCCCUGCAUGCGACUUGCGCUUCAGAUCCAUCAUACAGUGCGUAAAUGACUUCAGGAGUGCUUCACUGUCCCUCCUGUCCUCUCAUUACAAGCGUGCUGAGCAGGAUGGCCAAAUAGGCAGAGUGGAGUUCCUCCCAGUCAACUGGCACAGCGCUCUACACGGGGACGCCACUGGUGUGGACGAGGACAUCCAGAGGAUAACUCUACCCAGCAUCAGCAGGCUGAGACAUUUCACCAACGACACGCUGCUGGACCUGUUUUUCUAUAAUAGUCCCACCUACUGCCAGACGAUAGUGGACACGGUGGCCUCAGAGAUCAACAUGCUCCACACCCUCUUUAAGAAGAGGCACGCAGACUUUAAUGGGGCUGUGUCUGUAGUGGGCCACAGCUUGGGUUCGCUUAUUCUGUUUGAUCUGCUAACCAAUCAAAGGAAUGGAUCCAGAAAGGCCAGAGAGGCUGUGCCCUCGGGGAAGCCCUUCGAUCUGAACUGUGACACACUGCAGCAGACUUUGAGCAGACUUGGCCUACAGCAGUACCUCGAUACACUUCAGGCAGAAAACCUAGACCUUGAGACACUGGCUCUUUGCCAAGAUGGGGAUCUCAAAGAUUUAGGAAUUCCUCUUGGACCUCGGAAGAAAAUCCUGGACUAUGUACGGAAGAAAUCUCUUUCACAGGCUUUUAAGACAGGGGAAGUACAUCUGCCAGAAGGGUUGCAAGUUCCACCUCAAAUGACCAGUAACGCUGAUGGGAACCAUUCUUCAGGAUUCACAAUGCAGCAGUCCCAGUUCCACAGGGCGCAGUCUGUCACCAGUGCUGUAGACUACGAGUACUUUGACGUCGGCAUCGGACAGACCAAUGGAGGCAUAGCCAAGGGACAGGUAUCCAUUGAUUACCCACAGCUGGCUUUUCAUCCUCAAACAUUUUUCGCUUUUGGCUCUCCUAUUGGAAUGUUCCUGACUGUUCGUGGGCUCAAACACAUUGAUCCCAACUACAGCUUCCCGACCUGCAAGAGCUUUUACAACAUCUACCAUCCUUAUGACCCUGUGGCAUAUCGGUUAGAGCCCAUGAUUGUAACUGAGGUGGAUCUGGAACCCAUGCUGAUCCCUCAUCAUAAAGGCCGAAAGAGAAUGCACCUGGAACUAAAGGACAGCUUUACCCGUAUGAGCAUGGAUUUGAAGAACAAUGUUUUGGGAUCGUUAAGGACGGCAUGGCAGUCCUUUUCCAGGAUACCAGUGGCUGCACUACCUCCGGUGGAUGAAGGAGACGCUACAAGCGAGGGAAACCUUGAAACCCAUGAAACCCAGGGUAGAAAGAACGCUUUUUUUUUUUUUGUGUAUGUGUGCCAACGUGUGUCUAACCCGGUCUCCUCUCCCCCUCUCUGCAUGCUGCCAAACUCCCCUCUUAUACUCUCUGGCGGAGUGUGCGACGAGGCGGAGUCCUCAGGGUCAGCAGAGCAGACGGAGCAGCCUGAGAUUAAAGUGGGGAUGUUGAAUGGAGGCCGAAGGAUCGACUACGUACUUCAGGAAAAACCUAUCGAGAGCUUCAACGAGUACCUGUUUGCCAUUCAGUCUCAUCUGUGUUACUGGGAAUCUGAGGAUACUGCUCUCCUGCUGCUGAAGGAGAUCUACGACAAGCAAGGUGUGGCCAUGGAACAGUCACAGCAGUAACUUGCUUUGAAGCAAUGACAUUAACAUAAAGGUGAACAGAAUAAAGGACCGCUAACAGAGCCAGGGGCCGCACAGUCUUCUUCCAAGAUGCCUUACCGUCUGGGUGCCCCGGCCUCCCCUUUCUUGAAGUUGGAGGGCAAUUGGUUCCAGUCAGGUGACCUUGGUUCAGAUGCAACAGUUUGCCUUCAAUUGAAGGAGUGGUAGCUGUUUUUUGGUGCCUAAACUUGCAGGACUGGCUUUUGUGUCUAACAGUUCUUUCAAAUCCAUCCAAACAUCACUGUCAUGAUCCUGGACGCAGCUGGUCUUUUGUGAGUCAUUCUUUAUUUUACUUUAACUUUGCACUUUCGCUUGCCCACUAGUGUUGAUAUAUUAUGCCUCAAGCUGAAUCUGAAUGAUAUGGAAAAAAUAAUUAUCAUGAUCAACCGCAGACACACACCGUACUUUAUGAAGAAAAAAAACCCCAUCAAGUAUAAUAUCUACCAUAUAAGUUUACAAACUGGCCAUCAAAGCUGGUAUUUCUACGCAUUUGAUUGACAAUAAUCAUAUAGUAUAUGUCCCUAAGUAUAAUUUAAAUAGAAUUUAAAAUCUAUAUGUAAUAAAUACGAUUUUAUGUUAUUCCCAGCCCUAUGCAUAGCCUCCAAAAAUCAGAAAUGUAGCUGUACAGUUAACUAUAAGUGCGUUUUACAGGGCACCUCUUUCUGACCCUUUUAAACCUAAAACUGUCUUGAACAACAAAGCCCUUUGUCAGAAAAAUGUGAGUCCGUAGCUUUAUAAAUAAGCAGGUCCACUGGUUUAAUUUAGUUCACUAUGAAAUGUUUAGGUUCUUAAGGGAAAUGAAGGUUGAUAUUUUGUCUUCGAGCAGCUAUAUUUUGUUUCGGUCCAACUGAAGGCCACUUGAAACGUGGCGCUGCUACUUAUAUAAUUGUGCAAUAUAAUAAUAAUGUUCUUUUACAUUUCGCCGAUGUAAUGAAGCACUGAUGCUGUCAUUAAAAGGGAAUUUAAUUUCCCUUCCUGUGAUAUUUUUCUUUCACUUGCCGCAUGUAUUUGAUUUUGAUCAUAUCUAAACCUGUUUCUGAAAGAAGGGAUCAAAAUUUAGAUUUUUGACAGAAAUGAGUUGAAGCCGGUUCUUAAAAGGACAAGCUGGUCAUCUUUCUAAAGUGUGUGUGUGUGUUGUGUGCAUGAGAUAGUAUGUUUAUAAACUGUUAAGGAACCAGUUUCACUCUUUCCUCCCCAAGGUCUGUGCCAGUCCUCCUCCAUCAUAUUUGACUCAAAAUGUAUUGUUCUGCAAUUACAGCAGCAUUUUCUUUAUUCUAAAAUAUGGCAUUGAUUUAAAUACAGAAUCUAAUGUUUCUAUCAUCUAGAGGCCAAAUGGCUCAUGUUUGUCUUUGUAGCAAGAUGACAUAAAGUAAUGUUCUGUAUUGCGGGCCCUCCUUUGCUUUGUUAGAGCAGGGUCUCUCAACAUUUUCAGGUCCUGACCCGAUGCUUGUCCAGAAAUAAUCAUAAUUCUCAUCAACCGAGCAAUAACAGAUCUUGAAAUCCUAUGCAUUUCAUAUCAAGAUCAUAAUACAUAAACUAUAUAAAAGUUUUAAAGCAUAUCAAUUUAUUUUAUAAAAUAAAGAUAUCAAACAUAUCAAUGGCCUAAAAACCACAAAUCUGCCACAUGCGGUCUAGAUUACAAAGUUGAGAGACUGAACUUGACUUUGACAAAUUACUCCUCAUCCUUUCUGUCAGGGCACACCACCAAAUCUCUGCCCCCUCUUUGCAACAUCCGCACAAUACACAAAUGAACCUAAUAGGCUUGUUUAUUUUUCUUCCUUCAGAAAUGCACUGAAUAGUUCACUAUUAAGCUGUACUUUCCUUGAACUUCACCCGUCUGUCGUUUUCAGUCUGUUGUUGAACGGAUCUUAAUGGUCCGUGCCCCUCUUUCUUGCCAUGUCUGUUUAUUUUCUGAGUGCAUACCAAAUAUGGUACAUGUUUUGCGUGCCAUAAUAAAAAACUAAAAUCGUCAA